GCUACCUAAUCAAGGAGGAUGUAGUGAGCGUCAAAGAUGUCGAUACCAUCAUAGAGGCGAGUCUGGGGCCGCGAUUUGCGACUCAGGGCCCUUUCAAAGCUUACCACAUGGGAGGCGGUACGGCAGGCAUCCGGGGGCUCAUGCACAACUUGCAGGGUACGAUCCAAGAUGUUUGGGACAGUUUCGAGGAUCUUGGUUUUGGAAACGGUGAUGGCUGGGAGGAAAAGGUGAUGACGCAGACGGAGGAAGCCUACGGGAUGCCAAACUCGGCACAGUUCACCGCCCGAGACAAGCAGCUCCGGAGUGUGCUAAGAACUCAAAAGUGAGUUGAUCAAAUGGUGAUGGGUGGGAAGGAGGAGAGAGGUUGAAGUCUUCACGUCGAAUAUCGCCGCGACAUGGGAGGAAGCCGAAUACAUCACUAG